UCCACCUUUACCCCCAUCAUGUCAUCCUUCUCCUCCUCCCACCCAACACCAAGCCCACUAACCCCAUGCCCCCACAACCUCCUCUGUCCCCCCUCGGGCACAACCCCCUCCGCAUCCCUCACCCCCGCCUCCCCAUCAAACCGCCCCUCCGCCUCCUCAGCCGCCUCAACAGCUUCCAUCUGCUCCCUCGACCUCUCCCACGCUUCCUCCCGCGCGCCCUCGGUUUCGGGCGUUUGCGGGGUGAGUGGUUGCACGUUUGUGAAGAUUUCCGCUUCGCGGGCGGAGUCGGCGGCGCUGGGGUCAUCGAUGGGUUUGGGUUUGGGUUUGGGGGCGGUGUGUUUGACGGGCCUGCUGUGGGAGGGAAGAGUGGGAUGGGAGGUUGGGAGAAGGAGGUGGGAGUUGAGUGAGUGAGAAGAAAUGGAGAUA